CCCAUUCCAGCAGUGUCUGAGGAGGGGCCUGGAGGUCAAAGGACGUCGUAGUGCGAUUUGCAAGCUGUACAAAGGAAGAUUGCCCCUCUGCGGCUGCCAUAGCCGAGCCGGAAGCAUCCCUUGCUGCGUUUCUUUCUCAGCGGUACUUCAGCCAGGAGAUCCAGGAUGGCUGACGCGGAGGAUCUGGAGACUGCGCUGUGCUCCGAGCAGUUCGGCUCCGAAGAAGCACGGAGCUGCCUUGCCGCAGCUGACGGAAGCCUGCAGUGGGAGGAGGAGGACUGGCCCUGGUGGUGGAGGAUCUCCCAGGCCUUCAGCCAGAAACCCGAAGGACGAGAGGGCGGCGGCAGGGGGUCUCCCACGGCUGCGUCACCUCCUCUCUCGGGCCUCAAGGCCGUAUUACUGCCUCAAGGCUUCCCCGACAGCGUUAGCCCGGACUACCUGCCUUACCAGCAGUGGGAUUCCGUGCAGGCCUUUGCUUCCAGUCUCUCCAGCGCCCUCUCCACCCACGCCGUCAUGCUGGGCUUGGGGGUGGGGAACGCAGAAGCCUCUCUUGCAGCGGCCACAGCCACCUGGCUUAUAAAAGGUGAGCUGGACCCUCGGAGUGCCGCCUGUUGCUCUCAGCCUUCCCCUCCCUCUCUCUGGCCUCACUGUCCUCGGAUCAUGCAGAGCCCAGCCUCUCCUUCCCGCUCAGCUAGUGUUUUGGGCUGUGACGUCUGUGUAUUUGUGGGCCGCUGCGUGAUUAGGUAGGAGCCAAGGCUCCUCGGUGCCCAGCAGGUUUUGGAUGCCGCCUUAUUACCCACAGCUGCAAUAUCCUCAUCCCGCUCGCCUGCGCAGCAGCUGCCCUUGUUUCCCUUAUAAAUGGCUGGGUGAGAUGGCGCAUUCCUGUAAUCCCAGCAUUUAAGAGGCUCAGGCAGGAGAAUCAUAAUGAGUU